AUGUCCGAGAUCAAGGAGGAGGCAGCGGAGGAGAAACCGUGCAACAUAUUGCCCGGACCAGAGCUCCUGGCCCUGCCAAGCUACGAUCAGAGGGCCAGCAUUGCCUCCGCGGCCCUGAGUGAUGUGCCCAGUGAUGUGAUCAUCAAGUCUCGCAUUCGAUACGGCAGUCCUCUGUCCGCCUGCAAGGGUCUGCUGCUGGAGUACUCCAAGAGCACGACCAUACACGGCAUACGAUAUUUGUUUGAGGUCCAUCGUCCCAUCUAUGAGAAAGUGUAUUGGCUGUUCUUCACAUGCAUUUCCGUGUACUUUGCCAUUUCCCUCAUCUGGGAUACCUAUCUCAAGUGGCAGGAUUCACCGGUGAUACUGGGCUUUGAUGAGACCCUGGUGCCAGUGCAUAAGAUACCAUUUCCUACGAUAACCAUCUGUCCGGAAAUCAAAAUGGAACGCAAUCUCUUCGAUUAUACGAAUGUAUCGCGUUUGCUAUGGGAUGAAUACCAGAAUAAUGGUAAUGUUACCAGCAUGGAUGAGGAAGAAUUGGCCCGCAUGGCUGCUGCCAUGCACAUCUGUGAUCCGGAUGUGGUUCAUCGUUUCAUGCCCAUACUCGCGGGAAUGAAUCCGCCCUUUGUGGACGUAACCCAAACAUUGAUAGACCUGAGUAUAUCCAAGAAUGAGACUGGUCCGUUCUGCAAAUGGAAUGGACGGUUCUAUUUUUGUGAUAAAAUCUUCGAUUUUGUUGCCACCGACGAGGGUAUAUGCUAUCAAUUCAAUGGCCUUCGUCCCAAGGAUAUUUAUCGUGACGAGAACUUCAUCAGCUACAAGGAUCCCGAUGUGGUCGAUUUCAAUAACUUCUUCGAUGUUGAUCUGCCGCCCUUGAAUAACAUCACUGGCAAUUGGUCGCUGGAUACGGGUUACGGGAAUCAGGGACAGAAUACGUAUCCACAGCGCACGGUCUUCUCAUCCGUGGGCAAUGGUUUCUUUGCCUUUCUGCAGGGACUGCAGCACAACUUUGACUACGAUUGCCGCAGCUUUAAACAGGGCUAUAAGGUCUUUCUCAACUCCCCGGAGAGUGUGCCGCUCACGUCAGGCAAUUACAUUCUGGUGCCCCAUGGCGAUGAGGUGUUGGUCAGUGUAUUGCCCAACUAUGUCAUGUCUACCGACAAUUUGCACGAAAUCAGCCCAGAAAAGCGUCAGUGCCUGUUCGAUGAUGAGCGCUCCUUGACCUUUUUCCGUUCGUAUUCGCAAAGCAAUUGCCAAACCGAAUGCCUGGCCAACUUUACGAUUUCCAAGUGCGGCUGUGCCAAGUUCUGGAUGCCCAAACCUUUGGGCACUCCUGUGUGUGGUUUGGAUGACAUUAACUGCUAUACAUCUGCCCAGGAUGAGCUCUAUACUUUAUUGCAAAAUCAAACCAUGGAAAAGAGUGUCAAUGACAAUGUGGAAAUCAUGUGCAACUGCAUGCCGGCCUGCACAUCGCUGGAGUAUAAUUUUGAGAUAUCCAGAGCACGAUUCGAUGUGGCUAAGACUAUUAGGGCUUUUCGAGAGGUCUAUGAGCAUACGGAUGCCAUUGGUUCACGUCUCUCUGUGUACUUCAAGGAGCAUCAGUUCACGGCCAUCAAGCGUACCAUUCUGUUUGGUGUCUCCACAUUGAUAUCCAACUGCGGUGGCAUCUGUGGCCUCUUCAUGGGCAUCUCGAGUCUCAGCUUCCUGGAGCUUCUCUAUUUCUUCUGCAUGCGCAUCUGUGGCAGCUGUCGCGAUCGUCGCAAGCACAAGAUCCAAUCCAUGUGCCCCGACGAUGAGCCAGAGCACAAACUGGAGUAAUAGUCAGUGGAUCUACAAGAUCCUGGCAUACAUUUAUAUAAUUUGAAUAUCUUAAUUGUAUCUACAAACCAUUUAAUAAAGAAGUUG